CUGUGUUACCGCCCUUGGGCUGAGACAGUAGUGAAGACGGGUGUGGGAAUUUCUUAGGUUUCCGACCAGGACUAGAAGGAGAAAGGUUGGAGACGCGUGGAGGAAUUUCUUUAAGACACCCUCAAACUGGACGGCAGCCUCUCCGCAACGGGUGGUGUGAAUCAUGGCUCUUCCGUUUAAAAAAGAUCUGGAGAAGUAUAAGGAGAUUGAUGAGGAUGAGAUUCUGGACAAGCUGUCCGAGGAGGAGCUUAAGCAGCUCGAGAGUGCUCUGGAGGAGAUCGAUCCAGAGAAUGCUUUACUGCCAGCCGGACUCCGACAGAAGGACCAGACCUCAAAGACGGCAACCGGUCCAUUUAACCGCGACAAUCUCCUGCAGUAUCUGGAGAAAGAGGCCAUGGAGUAUGAAGACAGAGAAGAUUUUGUCCCCUUCACUGGAGAGAGGAAAGGAAAGGUGUGGGUGCCCAAACAGAAGCCAAUAGAGUUGCAUCAGGAGGAAGCCACAACCCUUGACCCGGAACUGGAAGAGGCACUGUCCAGCGCUACUGACAUUGAACUGGGGGAUCUGGCAGCUAUUCUUGGCGUGAACACACUGGUGACAAGCACGCAGAGUUACGACAGCACCAGUAAAGAUGGUUAUAACAAUGUUAUUAAAGGAGAGAAAGUAAAGCCAGUAUUUGAUGAGCCACCAAACCCUACAAAUGUGGAGGAAACUCUACAGCGGAUAAAAUCCAAUGAUUCCUCACUAACGGAAGUCAAUCUCAACAACAUAAAGAACAUUCCAAUCCCGACUCUGAAGGAGUUAGCCAAAGCCAUGGAGAGGAACACUCAUGUGAAGAAGUUCAGUAUGGCUGCCACCAGGAGCAACGACCCCGUUGCCGUGGCAUUCUCCGAUAUGCUGCGAGAGAAUAAGACCCUGAGGAGUCUGAACCUGGAGUCUAAUUUCAUCACAAGUGUAGGAGUUCAGGCUCUGGUAGAAGCUCUGCGGGAAAAUGACACGCUCUCAGAGAUCAAGAUCGACAACCAGCGACAGCAGCUUGGCACAUCAACAGAGAUAGAGAUCGCUAAGAUGUUGGAACAGAACAUGAGCAUUGUGAAGUUCGGGUAUCACUUCACUCAGCAGGGUCCUAGAGCUCGUGCCUCUGCAGCCAUCACAAAAAACAACGACCAGGUGCGGCGGAGGCGAGUAGAGAGAGACAUGUAGACUAUACUGUAUCUCUCACACUCUCUCUCGAGUCUUGUGCCAAACCCUCUGAGGGAGCUGUUUUACCUGAAGAAGGGACACAACUGGAUUGUUAAUACUCAGUGAUCUUUUUUUGUCAUGUAUUAUUAUUAUGGUCAUUUGUUUUUACCACUGCAACUCGUUUUGUUUUCUUCUACUUUUUUCAGUUUUUGCAAAUGUAAAAUCUUUUCUGUUCUUUUCUUUUUAAAAUUUCUCUAAAUCAAACAACUGUUUAAAUAUGGUUACAUGUGGUAAUGGCUGGAUGGGGUCAGAACCUGUCACCCAUGCUGACUCAAAUCUAGACUCAGCUUAACUGGAUCAGCUGUGUUCCCUGCUAAAUGUGAGCUAAAUCUAGAUGUGUUGAGUCUGUGUUUGGAGCACAGGUCUGAAGGAGCGCACACAGCAGUGUCGGCCAGUGAGAGUGAUGCUGAUCGUAAUGGACACUCCUUAAAGAAGUUUGAUGGACACCUCAGAAACUUUCACUGUGAGUAAGAUGAUUGUGUGGCUGUAGUUCUCUCAGCGCUGACUGUGUGUGGAUGUUGUCGGGCAGCUGGAACUCUUGAGUUUAGGACCAUUCAUGCACUUUUUCAAGAAUACAUACAGCACAUAGAGGUUUGUUCAAGAAAUCUGUUUCAUAGGUGUAUUAACACAAACCACAUCACAUCUACAUUUACAUGCAUGGCAAAAAAGGGGAGGAAAAAAUAGUAUUUUUACCUUGAUUUUCAGUAAAAACAUCCAAACAUAAAAAACCUGCAAAAAAGAAUGACAGGAAAUUAAGUCUUCUUUUCAAAGAAGUCUAGCAAAAUGUAGUUACGUUUUUGCUUAUAACAAGAAAAAACUAUUUGCCAAUGGGUUAAGAAAAAAAAAAAAAACUUGAUUCAAAGGAAAAAUAAGACAAAUUUGGUUUUUUACCUCAUUUGCAAUUAGUUUUUUUUUUUUUUUAUAUAUAUAUAUAAGCAAAAACCCAUACUCAAUUUUGUAAGAUUUCUCUGAAAAUAAGACUUAAUUUCCUGUCAUUUUGUUUCACAAGUAUUUAUUUAUUUUAAGAUGUUUGGAUGUUUUUACCGAAAAAUAAGACAAAAAAAAAAAAAUAAAUACCCAUAUCCAGCACUUAAGACAUUGUUACAUUGCUAAAAUUAUUUCCUUUAUCAGUACACUCCAAAAAAUUAUUUAAGAUUUACACAUUUACAUUUCAUAACUGAAUUCCAUUAAAAUUGAAUUAAGUAAUGCUUAAUAAAAUAUAAUAAUAGUCACAUAAUAAUAAACAUUCAUAGUUCAAUAUGAUGAAAUUUUGUUAUGAAAUUGAAAUGCGUAAAUAAAAAAAAAUAAAAUAAAAGGCUAAAAUAUUUGUCGUUUCAUGUGAACAUCCUUAAAACAAGUUAAAAAAAAUUAAAUUUUUAAAAAGCAAACUGUGUAAUAUAUUAAGACUUUUUUUUGGAGAAUAUGAAAACCUUUAGGCCUAUUUUUGUUUUGUUUGAAGCAUAUAGUUAAAAAAAAAAAAAAAAAGAAAAUCUAUUUUUAAGAUUUUACAUAUUUCAGCGUCAUAACAAAUUUGCAUUGAAUUGAAUAAUCUUUAACAAUAUUAAAUUAAUAAAACUUAAGUUUGUUUUAAUUAAAUUUUUUCAAAGAUUACUUAAUUUGAUACAUUUGUUCUGAAAUUAAGAUGCAUAAAUCUUAAAAAAAGGCUUAAAUAUUUUUUUGUGUAAAUUAAAAAGAAAUAUGUGAGAUUUAUACUUAAAACAAGAAACAAAAAUGCAAAUAGGGUAAAUGUCAAAGUAAUUUGACCGCCGUAGUACUUCGGUUUUCCACGUGCCGAUACAUCUUUAUUUUGUCCUUGCGUCAAAUUUCAUCAGUGGCACAGAACGUGUGAUGUUCACAUGCGCCUGUCGUUCAUUGUGCUAAACGCAUCCAUAUGGGCUCACUUGACUGUGCGUGAAAUGGAAUUUUGUGCAGAAAAAUAAACUUCAUUGAAGAUGUUUUCUCUAAAAAACAUCUUCUUGUGUUAUUAUCUAACACAAUUUUGCUUUUCUGAUAAUUUUUUCUUUAAGGAUUGAUUUGUAUUGAUUUUUUUAUUUUUAUUUAAUUUUUUGUGUGUGUGCGCAGUGUAUUAGAUUGUCUUGUAAAAUUCACGUCUACUCCCAAGACACACAAGCUACUAUCAGGCUGCACAUAUGUCUGAGGAAUUACAGGGCUAAUUUAGGAUCAACGCCCCAAUUUCAUCUAAUUUAAUUGAGAUAUGGAAAGCAAAACUCAUUGUAGAUCAGCACCAAUGAGAACUCUGGCCCAUUUGACACUCAAAGCAUCUGUGCAGGUUUCAGGUCCAGGGUUGACUGGUUUCACAAAUAGCUUAAAAUCCGUAAACUUCGAAACAGUUAUUCUCACCCGGCAAUGUACUAAGGGAUAUUUUCUAUGUGAUGUACAGUAGUUGUCAGCUGUAGAUUUAGAUGAGUAUCUCUACUGUAGAUAAAUGUGAAAUGGCUUUUCUAAUACCAUGCCAAAGACUAACACCUAAAUACUCUCAUUUUCAUGACUGUAGCUGCGGUCUGGCCAGAAGUAGGAGUUUGGGUUUCAUUUAUUUGCAUUUAUUAAGGAUUAGUUCAUGUAGGAUCUCUGUGCCUAGAGACGGAGAAAGAUUAUUUUAAGAUCUUAAAACCUGUGCUGAGGAGGAAUAUAGGGAACUGUAGGUAGUUAAGAAAUGAGAGAGAGGCUUAAGAAACGGUUUAAUUGUAAAUAAUGACCACUUCCGUGGUGCACGGUCCUGAUGAGGGGUGGUCCUGGUGUAUUCAGUGCCCGGCCCCCCACACACACACAUUCAUGCAUGUUUGCAUGUAAUGCAAAGCUUUAUCUUUUCACUAAAGCUAUCUAACAUGCUUUCAAAACUACACAAUAUAAAAUACCAGUUAAUCCUUAUUGCUUGGCAUUUUCUGUGAGCUUGCACGUCCUGUAAAGUUCAUUGAUUGUGGACACGUGUAAUAUAGAGCACAGAAGCGUAUUCUUGAGAAAGGUGGUGAACCCUCCCUUUUCGCACAUCGUACGGCAUCUCUGAUUGAGCAAUCUGAGCAUGCCAGUAUGGAUUAUAUAGCUGGAUUACACAGGGGAACAUGCUUCUAAAGCAAAUGCUUGGACCAACUUCUACUUUUUCCUUUUCUCAUGUUGAUUUAAUGUGUUUCGUUUUAUACUGUUCUGUUGAUUUGUCCUUUAUUUUUCUUUGUGAACAAAUGCUGAAUUGUAUGAAAUUGUGAGGUUUGACUUUUCAGGUUAUUGUUCAUGUUGCAUUCCAUGUUUAAUUCAUUAUGGGUUUAAUGGUUCAUUAUUUGCUAAAGCUUUUGUUCGUAAGCAGGAGCUCUGUCUUAACGAGUUUAUUUGAAGGAUCCAUCUCAAAUCCUUUUCAGAUGACUCCACACAUAUAAAGAUAUACAUCAAAAUAUCAUGUAUUGUAUACACCGCUUGUAAUGCUGAGAUUUUGUAUGUUAAUACUACAUGUCUGGACUCCAGAAGAGGAAAUCUUAUUAUGUACUGUUAAUAACACACAAUUAUGUUAAGUAUCAUAUGUCCUCAAUAAAGUGUAUGUUUGUUUUUA